GUCACGACAGAGACAUAGAGGAUAGAUUAAUCACAAUGGUCACAGUUAUUGAGAGCUCAUCUGCUGUAUGUACACACGUUGGCGAGCUUAGAGACUCGAACUUCCAGCUUUUCUCUUGCUUGAACAAUUAUACUAACACACAAGAGGGGAGGCACUGCAAUGCUGGCAUUUGUCCAGUUUUGGCCCUCUUUUUUAACAGUUGAGAAAAAAGAAGAUCCUGAAAAAAUCCUUGAACUUCACCAUCAUGGUGAUUGGCCAGUCGGGAAGCGGCAGG